AUGGUGACCAUAGCAGGAAACGUUGGGAUGAUGGCUCUUGUCCAUACCUUCUCCAGCCUUCACACUCCAAUGUAUUACUUCCUGAGUAGUCUGUCUAUGGUGGAUAUUAGUUACUCCUCAGUAAUCACACCAAAUAUGUUGUCUCACUUCCUAUCCUCCAAGAAAUCAAUUUCAAAGUCUAUUUCAUUUCUUGAUUGUGCUGUCCAACUGUAUUUAUUUUGUGCGCUAGGGUGCACUGAGGCGAUCCUACUCUCAUCCAUGUCUUACGAUCGCUAUGUGGCAAUCUGCCACCCUCUCCACUACGCCUUAAUAAUGACCAAGAAGAAAUGUUUUGGUUUGGUCCUUUAUUCUUCCUCCAUUAGUUUCUUUCAGUCAGUUGUGCAGACCAGUUGUGUGUUCAGUCUUCCAUUCUGUGGAUCGAACCUUAUUGACCAUUUCUGUUGUGACAUUCUACCACUUAUUAGUCUAUCUUCUUCUCACAGUCUUCAUUGUGAGAUGGUCAGCGGCGUCCUCAUAGCAAUCUUUGGAACGUAUACAUUGACAACAAUCUUCCUUUCGUACGUUUUCAUAUUUCUUUUAAUUUUUAGGAUGACGACUACGCAGAGCAGACAGAAGGCCUUUAGCACGUGUUCCUCACAUAUUAUUUGUGUCUCAACCUACAUCACCGCCGUCUUCUUCACAUACCUGCGUCCUUAUUCGGGGAGAUUUAACAUACAAGACAAGGUGGCCUCUGUUCUCUAUACAGCAGUGACUCCAAUGCUGAACCCUCUUAUCUACAGCCUGAGGAACCAAGAGGUGAAGAGGCUCCUUGUCCAAACUUUACACUUGGCACAAUGCAGUCAGGAAAGUACUGUUCUCCAGGCAACCACUAAACCCAGACACGUCCAUCAGAUUGCCAGACAGAGAAGCUUGAUUGGUCACUGCGGAGAACACAUCUCCAUUGCUCUAGAGUCCAGUGGCAGUGUGCUUUACGCCACGGCAUACGAUGCUUUCCAUUGCACUUGGUGA